UGCACCAUGAACCCGGCCGAUGGUGAGCAUAACAGUUCAGACAGAAACACAAAUAAAAGUAUGGCAAAUGAAGGUUCAAGCAAAUUCGAUGAAGCUAUGUUCACUACUUCGCCAUCACCACAACGAACAGCGCUGCCUCUCAAGCGGUUUUUAGCGCAGGCACCGAAGCGAUCUCUAUACCAGUACAAUUCUAUAUCUCAACAAUCGAUUAUAGUAAAAUGCUUUCAAUCGAUGUGGCACGACAAUAUAGACUAUAUGCAAAAGUACUUCUUUCCCACUGCAACUGGAGAUCGGCGCAAUCUUAAAUCAAUAAUAGCAAAGCAUAGACAGCAGUCUAAUUCUGUCGGUAACACCACCCUCUCCAACAAUACGGAGAACGUCAUUCUAGACGAGGAUAGUGAUGGUCCAGAAUACUGGGAGUCACAGAGAGGAAGGCAAUGUGGACAUGUGUUUAAAAAAGGAGAAGCCAUUUAUCAGUGCAGAAAUUGUGCCUUUGACGAUACAUGUGUAUUUUGUUCUCGAUGCUAUCAUGCAACUGACCAUGAGGGACACGAUGUUUCUCUUUCUAUUAGCCCAGGCGCAGGUGGCUGCUGCGACUGUGGUGAUCCGGAAGCGUGGAAGGUGCCAGUAAUAUGCUCUAUUCAUUCGAUUGAAGCCGACAGUCAAGCUGGAAAUGGCCAAAGUGGCGAACAAGAAGCCAAUGCUAGCAAUAACUCAUCACCGGGGGCAUCAUCAACAUCGAAAAUGCCACUCUCAUCUGUACCACCGGAUUUACUCGACUCGAUACGAGGAACUAUUAGUGGAAUCCUGGAUUUCAUGAUUGAAACGCUUUCAACCUCACCUGAAGAGAUUUCAUUUCCACGUCCCGAAGAGGAGAUUGAGGAAGAAGCGCGAGCUACAAUGAUUGCAUUAGGUGUAUUGCCUGAUUUCUCCAACCAAGAAGACCAGAUCCUUCAAGAUUUUGAUGAGGAUGAUAUGGAAGACGAUGAUGCCGCACCUAGUGGCACACAUAAACAAUCAAAGUCUCACCAACCGGGAGUAGAAGAUGCAUCUAUGACUGAAAAGAUCGGCAUAGCUGGAUAUGUCAGCGAUGAUGAUGACGACGAUGAAAAAGAAAUCUAUUCCCUCGUUUUGUGGAAUGACGAAACUCAUUCUUUCGAUGAGGUUAUCGACGUAGUCACCAGAGCUACUCUGUGCUCACCGGCAAGAGCAAAAGCAGUUGCAGAAGCAGUCGAUUCACAUGGCCGUGAAGUUGUUGUACAAUCCACUAAUUUGCCUGAGCUUGUAAAGACCGCCAAAAUCAUCUCAUCAAUUGGACUUGCUGUUACGAUUCGCUCUGCCAGAGAUGUCUUUCGUGAACAAGUCUGCUUUCUUUUAUGUGAUUGGAUGAAUCACAUUGUUUCUGGACAUUACAAAUUCUUUCCUGAUGUACAAGAUGGUGGUACCAUCAUUCGUGACAUUAUAUGUGAAGAACUUUGUAAAGAGUGGGCAUUGAAGCCAGCUUUGGCAUCAUUAUCGACACGCUAUCGAAGAAAGUCAAUACCUGAAGAGGAAGAAGAGGAAGAGGAUAAUGAUGAUAUUGAUGAAGACGAUGACGACGACGAUAUGCCGAUUCCGGAACCCGCCAUGAUGGAAGCAAUAGUUGUUGAUGACCUUGAUGAAGACGAUGUUACCAUGUAUCAACUUUUAGGUGCUGAGCCUACAGACGUCAUAGAUACAUUCCCGUCCUUUAUGCAGCGGCAGCAAUUUGAAACGUCCGACGACUCCGAGCACGAAACGGAGCAUACAUUUGAAGAUCAUGAGGAACGACGUGAAGUAGAGCGAAAAAGAUGGCACGAACGUCGUAAACAUGGGGAUAUUGCGGAUCUGUCUUGGGACCUGUCGGGUUUGAUACAAGAAUUCCAAGACCUGGAUAAUCAAGAAUUGAAUUUCUCGGAACAAAUUGGCGCGUCUGCCAUGGCAAAGAAGAAGCAGCGUGGUGACCAACCGUUUGGAUCCAAAAUGCUUACAGAGUUCAAGCAGAAAUUGAGACUAGACUAUUUCAUGCUGCUCGACUUACGAUUAUGGAAAGAUAUGCGCAUGUGUUUGCGUAAGAUGUUCAUCAGCACUUUGGUAGCAAACCUAUCGUACAAGCGAAUUUUAGGUGUGCGCUUUGCAAGAAACUAUCCUAGUGUAGCAGAUGCAUUCCUGCUUCGUGAUAGAGAAUUCACAUUGUCAGUUAUACUGUUCUCAGUGCAGCUUCUAACCGUACCAACUAUUGCAACGACCUUGGUAUCCGACUACAACUUUUUUGGUAUCAUGUGCUCCGUACUGUCCAGCUUUUUCCUUACCGAUCAAAUCAUUCUUCCACUCGGGGAUCGACUUAGCGAAUUGCGAAUUAAUUGUGAACGCCGAGCAUUCGUGACUCGCAAAUAUUACAAUGCCUUCCAUGACCUUCGCUAUAUCAUCAAUCCGGAUGCGGUCCGACGAUAUAUACGGAAUGAGCCACUGCUUUUGCGUCAAUACUUGGAUUUCGUUAGUAUCUUUCAAGGCAUGAAUCCUAUUGUUCGACAAUCCGGAUCCCAUGUUGAAUACGAAAGCACCGCUUGGGUAGAUGCAUUCAAUGUCACUUUACAGGUUGCCAAGAUUGGCCGACGCUUCAGUGAUGCUUUCUCAGUUCGCGACCUCAAAGAUGAUAACGAACAUCUGGCGCCACUUCAGCUAGCCCGCGCUGUUAUGCGUGUCUUAAAACACCUAACUGAUUGGGUUCCUGGAAAGCAUGAAGUGCGUGAUGAAUCAAGUCCAUUUUUGCAAUAUUCUCAGUUGCGUGUAGCUGGCGUACAAGAACAAGAAUUUCACACCGUCAAAACCGUCAAUGCUGGCGAAUUUUCGGUAGUAAAGUUCGAUGUAUCCAAAGAUCCCGUCUCAUUUCACCAACCUGUCCACUGGCUUCUAUCUGAACUUUUGGAGAACGUCCAUCUACUGGAUGAGGCCGUAUUAGAGCGAGGCGGAUGGUCUGGUGGCAUAAAUGCUAUGGUAUCAAAGCUGCAUGAGAUACAUCCCAAGUUUUCGCCUGAGGACACUAUUCUUUCUAUUCUCGACUGGCCUAUGAGGACCAUGGUUUUGUUAUGUCAAAUUCGUUCAGGAUUUUGGGUUCGCAAUGGCUUUGGCGUUCGUAAUCAGGCACACCAUUAUCGAGAUGUCUCGCUACGAGAAAACACUUUUGAUACAGAUCUGUACCUCCUUCAGUUUGGCUUUGUUCUAGUUGACCCCGAUCACCUCUUCACCACGAUUUUAGACCGGUUUGGUUUGCUGGCUUGGUUCAGCGGAAAACCAAACCAACCUCCUUAUGAUACUUCGCAAGCCAACUAUAUGGUAGAAGAAAUGCUAAGUUUGCUCAUUGUCUUUGGAAGUGAACGCGCACACGCUGCGCACCUGUCGUUAGAAGAUAAGAUUCGCAGAGAAAUCACUCAAAACUUGUGUAUAUCUCCCAUGGCCCACUCAGAGCUUGGCAAAAAGAUCACCGAGAGCAUGUCAGAAGAUGCCAAGUUUGAUCACAUCUUAUCGGAGGUUGCCAAAUUUAAAGCACCUGAUGGCUUGAACGAUCACGGAGUUUACGAACUCAAACCAGAAUAUUACGACAACAUCGAUCCACACUUUUGGCAUUAUACACGCAACAAUCGUGAGGAUGUUGAAGCCGCGUUACAAAAGAUUUGGAAGAAAGAACGAGAAAGUCAGGGACUAGACGUAAACCCACAAGACUUCUUCAUUAUUCCAAAACUCGCUCGUAUCACAUCCGGCCCAUUCACACGUAUGGGUAACAUGCUCCAUUCCCGUGUCUUGCUUCAAAUUAUAUUCUAUGCUCUAUGGAACUGCAAAGUUUCAUCAGCACCAACAAGCGAUACGAUCACAGAGCAAGCUUUGUAUCUUGCUAUGAUGGCUAUUGUGGAUGAAAACAACGACUACACAGAAGAAACGUACAAUCGCUAUACUUGGGAUAAGGAGGAGAAAGGACUUCCUGGUUUCAUAUGGUAUGCUGCUACCGACUCAUUCCCGGUGAUGGUAAAUGAAUUAGAGAGAGAGCACAUUUCACUGUUACGACUUCUUCUCAAAAUCAUUGAAGACUCUCAAAUGGUAAACCUUCACAAGCGAUGCCUUUGGAUUGUCAGCAACAUCGAAGCUCGGGGCAAUAAGGAGGCAAAGGAUCAUAUUCGAAUUUGGAGGGAAGAACGACGAGUGCUUCAUUCUCAACAAGUUGAGGGAGCAGAUGGUCAACAUAGCUUGUCUGAAUCUGAACGAAAGAAAUUGGCCGCCAAGGAGCGUCAAGCCAAGAUCAUGGCUCAGUUUGCACAAGCACAGACUACUUUCAUGUCACAAAAUGAAGAUAUGUACGAUGAUGAGGACACUGAUACCGACAUGGAAGUUGAAGAAGAGGAUCACCUUGGAGCUGUUUCUCACGAUGGAUUAGAAGGAUCUGACGAUGGCGAACUAGAAGUUCAAAGGAAAUUCCAUUUCCCUACCGGUACUUGUAUUGUAUGCCAGGAAGAGGCAGAUUCCUCUCAACUUUAUGGAAUGCUGGCAUUUAUACAGCCAUCGACACUCCUUCGUCAAACCCCCCUAGACGAUGCCGAUGUCAUAGCAGAUGUUUUCAACAUGAAACAAGGCUUAGAUGUCGAAUUGCCAGAGGAAGAGCCGAUAACGUCUGAGAAGAGCUCUUCGAGCAAAAAGCAACCAAGGGCAUCCAAUGUUCACGGCUUCCCACCUCAAUCACAUAAAUCUGGUCUCCAUAUGUCAACAUGCAGCCAUUUGAUGCAUGUCAAAUGCUUUGAAACCUAUUAUGCUUCCAUUGAAUCAAGGCAUGCCGCGCAAAGCAGAUACAAGCAUCCCGAAAAUCUUGAAAGAUUGGAAUACCUUUGCCCACUUUGCAAGGCGCUUGGUAAUACCUUGUUGCCUAUCGUUUGGAAAGGCAAAACUGAGAGUUAUCCCGGAGUUCUCGCUGGUGCCAACGAUCAACUUUACGAGACAUUUAUGACCCAAGGCAUCGAUGAAUUGCUCGUACAAAUAGAAAAACGCAGGCAAUUUGAACCCUCCAAGUUCUUAAAAGACCGAUUUUGGAUGACGAUGACCAGUGACCUCAGCUCUCGACUACCAUGGUCAGGAAGGCUAUCUGGAAGAACUGCAGGUGUAGAUGAAUCCGUUUUAGAAGCAAUGAACGUCAACGUUGAUCCCACCGAUAUGAUUCUGGUCAAAAAGAUGUACAGCCGACUCGCAACCGUACUAGAAGCCAUAGUGAAAGGCAUAAAUUCAGAGACCUCCGUCCUUGUAGAUACCAAGCUUUUAGAAUCUAUGGAUCUUUUAUGGGGUCUUUAUGGAUACACCAUUUCCAGCAUCGAAAUUUCUCAGCGCGGUCGAUCGACUCAAGCCUCCAGCGAUUUAACAGUAGAGCACACCGGGACGCUGAUUGACAGCAUUUCUGAACACACCCGAACGUUGCUGAGGAUCUUUUCAGAAACCGUGAUGCUUUAUAAGCGUGUCUUCCAUGAAGAUCAAGAAAUCGACAGUCAGGAAAAGGAAGCUUCCGUCAAUGUUGCUAGAGUCGCUCAACUUUUCUACAGCAACAAGGCUGCGCGCACCAUGCUCGAGGCAGAUCGCAAAGCGACCGUUGUUUUUGAGAACCUCAAGCCUUUGCUGGAAGACGAACCAUUUUUAGUGCUAGUAGAGCUCAGCAUGAGUAUGGUGCCCAAUCUUGAACUGAAUAUUCACCACUUUGUACGACAAUUGUUUACGGCCGAAAUCGUCAAGGCGGCCGUUGCUCUGUUGCAGGGCCUCACUGGAAAUGAGAAACUUGCGGGUGACAGAGCUCGGAAGCAUUUGGAAGCAUAUAGACAACAGAACGAUUCUGUGGAUAAGGAAACCGUUCGCGCAUUCACAUAUAUCAUUAUGGACAUACUUUCUGUACCAAGAGAUUUUGUUGACCGCUUCUUCCAAACUGUCAGCGAAGCCGCCUUUAUCGGCCUACUACGAUCAUUUGCAUUGCCUUAUCUACGACGGUGUAUGAUACUUUUGGUCGUUCGGCAUGGAUUGAUUAUACAACCUUUGGAAAACUCUGAAGAAGAAAUGCCUGAAUUCGACCGACUGCUGAAAUGUUUACGACUUCCAACACUAGAUCAGAUAAUGAAAGAAAUUAUUCGGCAACCGGCGGCCGUUAACGGCUGGUGCCAACACUAUAUAGAUUACUCCAGAAAGACAUCAACGUCAUUAAUUCGUACAAAUGCGCCUGCCUACACUCAAUUACUUAGAAUAUCCAUCGGUUUGCCAACUGUUUUCCACCUAGUUGACUUACCUAACCGACUGGAUCAGCUUUUUGAAGAAAGCAUGCACAAAGCCUGUAGAAAAUGUGGAAAUGUACCAAACGACCCUGCACUAUGUUUAUUGUGUGGCACGUUUGUUUGCUUGCAAGGCUACUGCUGUAUGGAAGGUGAACAAGGAGAGUGCAAUAUGCACACAGCGAUCUGUGGCGGAGAAGUGGGUGCUUAUAUCUGGAUAAGAAGGAGCUUAUUAUUGUUAUUGUACAAUGGUGUUGGAUGUUUCAUGACGGCACCAUAUUUGGAUGCACAUGGUGAAGCUGACUUUGGGUUCAUGUGACCGCGGCCGACCUCAAUACCUAAGCAAAAAGCGCUAUGAACAAUAUCAGCAGCUAUGGUUGACACAAAACAUCCCUACAUAUGUAGCGAGAACUAUUGAGCCCACUCAUCAUAGUACUGAUUGGAGUCGAUUAUAAGGCGACUUUUUUUUUUAAGUCCUCCUUAUUAAACGUGUAAUUUUUGAAUCAAAUCAAAUCAGUUUUACCGUUAAAAACUCCAGCACCUGAUUUUUUUUCCUGCCUUAUGCACUGCACUUGACUCUUUUGUAUGCUCAUAAUCCAUGUCGACAUCCGAUGAGAGAACUCCAAUAUUAACAAACACUUAUCCUUCCGAGUAAGCGUUCUUU